AUGGCAAAGGCUAUUGGUUUCAUUGGCCUUGGAAACAUGGGUUUCGGGAUGGCAACUAACUUGGCCGGCAAGCUACCGGUCAAGUCAAAGAUCCACGUAUUUGAUAUCAUCCCAGCUCUCAUGAAUGAUAUCUGCGCGAAAUAUCCGGAAAGGGCCAUGAGAUGCUCUGAUCCAAAGAAUGUCGCUGACAAAUCUGAUGUCAUCAUCACCAUGCUACCUGAGGGAAAGCAUGUCAAGGCAGUGUACAUGGGAUCGGAUGGAAUCUGCUCCAGCGACGUUGGACAGAAGCUUCUAGUCGAUUGCUCGACCAUCGACACCGCGAGCUUCCUAGAGGUCAAAGACCACAUUACCAAGAACUUCCCUUGUGCCUCAUUCUACGAUGCCCCGGUGAGUGGCGGUGUUAUCGGGUCGGAGCGAGGAACAAUCGCAUUUUAUCUCGGUUGUGCCGAGAACAACACUAAGGAUAUGCAAGAGCUCGGGGAAUUGUUCAGCUUGAUGGGUAACAAGAUCAUCCUAUGCGGUGGUCCGUCUCUCGGUCUCGCAGCCAAACUUUCCAACAACUACCUCUCCGGCAUCAUCGCGAUUGCCUGUUCAGAGGCUAUGGAUAUGGGAAUGAAGUCAGGAUUAGACCCACGAGUCCUAGCCCAGGUUUAUGCGGCUGGCAAUGCUCAAAACACCAUCUGCGAUACGUUCAACCCAGUGCCCGGGGUUGAUCCCGAUGCACCGUCGUCUAACGGCUACCGGAAGGGUUUUAAGGUACAGCUUAUGAAGAAGGAUAUUUCCUUGGCUUUAGAGAUGGCCCGUCGCGUGGGAUCGACUAAUGUGCUGGGGAGUGUGGCAUUGCAGACAUACAAGGAGGCUAGUGAGGAUGAGCGAUGCAAGGACUUGGACUCACGGAUCGUGUUCCGGUACUUGGGUGGGAAUGAGAACUGGAAGGCUGACCACAAGAGCAAGAAUUGA